CUCCCGCCCUCCCCCCGCCCCCCGGCUAUGGCCUGCGGGCCCGCCCCUAUGCUAAUCACCACCUCUCCCACAAGGCCGCGCGCGGGUGGACACGUCUCUUUGUGCGCGCCUGGGGCUGCGCGCAGCGUUUAGCAUGAGCGGCUCGGGCGCCGCCGGAGCGGCCGCGGGCCCAGCCCCGCCGGCACAGGAAGAGGGCAUGACUUGGUGGUACCGCUGGCUGUGCCGCCUGGCGGGAGUGCUAGGAGCGGUGUCCUGUGCCAUCUCUGGACUCUUCAACUGCGUCACUAUCCACCCUCUGAACAUCGCAGCUGGCGUGUGGAUGAUGAUGGCCAUCGUCCCCAUCGUCAUGAGCCUCACCCUGACUACACUGCUGGGCAAUGCCAUCGCCUUUGCCACGGGGGUGCUGUAUGGACUGUCUGCCCUGGGCAAAAAGGGCGAUGCCAUUUCUUAUGCUCGGAUCCAGCAGCAGAGACAGCAGGCAGAUGAGGAGAAGCUGGCGGAGACUUUCGAGGGGGAACUGUGAGGUGAGGCAGAGUGGCCUGUCCUCAUUGCCUACUGCCGUUGGGGUCUGUGAAUUCUGGAGAAGACUGAGUGUCAGCUCUGUUAAAUGGCCUGGGAGAGGAGCACCUGCAAGGAGCACUCCUUGAGUCUUCCUGUGCCUCCCUGUUCUCCGGACUCUUGAGCCUGGAGCUCCUGCCCCACUAGCACCGAAGGCCUGGGCUAUGGAUGGGAUGAACUCACUCCUGUCAGCCUGCGGUGCAGAGUCUGUGCUGGUGACCCUCCCCAGACCUAAGAGCGGCCUCCCCUGAACACACCGCUCCUCACUUGGCUAAGAGGCCUCACCCAGGCUUAAGUCACUUUAGGUUUCACGCUUUUCAGGUUCAAGUUUGUGGAAGUUAGGGCUUCAGUUCUGCUCCAUGACCUGUCGUCAGAGCAGAGGAAGAGUACAACAGUGUCCUGAGGCCAGCUACUGCCACCAGGAGCAGGAGAGAUGGCUGCUCACUUGAGAAUCUACAGCACUCCCAGGAUGCAGCAUCCUGGGCAGAAGAGCAACCUUGGGAGUGGCCAGAGGGCUGCUGGAAGGUCCCUACCGCUCAGUGCUAGAAAGUUGUGUAUGUGUGUCUGUUUGUCUGGUAUGAUGUGCUCUGUGUGUGUGUGUGGCUGUGUGUUUGUCUGGUAUGAUGUGCUGUGUGUAUGUGUGUGUGUGUGUGUUUGUCUGGUAUGAUGUGCUGUGUGUGUGUGUGUGUCUGUUUGUCUAGUAUGAUGUGCUCUGUGUGUGUGUGUCUGUUUGUCUAGUAUGAUGUGGUGUGUGUGUGUGUGUGUGUGUGUGUGUGGCUGUGUGUUUGUCUGGUAUGAUGUGCUGUGUGUGUGUGUGUGUGUCUGUUUGUCUGGUAUGAUGUGCUGUGUGUGUGUGUGUCUGUUUGUCUGAUAUGAUGUGCUGUGUGUGUGUGUGUGUGUGUGUGUGUAUCGCUGCUAGUCUGCACUGAGAACCUCCUUGUCAGGAUGGCAGGUUCCUUAUUAGUAGGGAUUAACCUCAGGUAUUCUUCCCAACUUGCCCCUGGCAGCCUGGAGCCUUUGGAGAGCUGGGCAGAGACCAGACCCACCCUACACAGACUUGGCCCCUUCUCGGGUACCAGAGCACAGAGAGUAAGCCUGCAUGGUUGGGACAAGGAGAGCUGUUUCACUGGCACAUGGCUCCAGGGACAUGCCUUGCUGUCCCCUCACCUUUCUCUGCACUGUUCUCUUCCCACUGUCCUGUGACACCGGCAUCAGUGGCUUAUUAGAUGAGUCCUUGGCCAUUAGGCACAUUUGGUGGCCUGGCUGAAGAUGAUGUGUCAAGUGCUGAGCCCUGCCUCCCUCCUGCACUAGACCUUCAGCCGGACCUGUCCAUGGAACCCAGCCCUGGAGUCACUGAGUCUCCAGGGAAUCCUUAGCUUCUCAGGGCUUGAGGCCCAGAGGAGUAGACAUUCAUUCUCCUUGGUAUAGAAGCUCUGAUCUGUGGACUUUGGGGAUAGCAGAAGUUCUCCAGAGAGCCUGGCCAUGCUGAACUGGGGAGUGGCAGAAAUGUAAUAGUGUAGCUAGCUUAGGGGGUCAUGUGCCUUCACCGUUCAUCAGAGGCUAUUUUUCUUGAGCCAGAGAUAAGUUUCAAGGGCUCUGUGUAUGUGUGUCUGUAUAUGUUGGAGCCUAUGUUCUCAGUAAGACCUGUCUACCUCCCAGGAGGAGAAAAAUCCCCACCUGCUCCUCUGGUUACUUGGGUAGGCAUGGACUUGGGCCAGUUCUGCCCAGGCCUCCUGCCUCCACAGUAGAAUUCAAAGGCUACAUGUAUGGUGAGAUUGUACUUCACUAGGGAAUCCAUUUUGUGCUAGGCAGCCAUGGGGUGAGGUAUAAAGGUGGAGGCCCUCAGAUAUAGGCCAAUUUGGGGUGGUCAGUCACUUAAGUCCUGAGGUUCUUGGCAGUCCCAUGGCACAGUGGCUCUGGAGCCCAUUGCUUUGACUCUGACCAUGGGCACUGUCCAGCCCAGACUAGGCCUCAUUCUUGUCUGUGUCUGGGUGUCUUCUGUGGCUCCUUUUGCACCCACCCCUGGUUUGUUUGUUGACUGGGUUACUUUUGGAGUAAAGCAAGUUUGUAGUUGGUA